AUGUUUCUGCCAUUUAAGAAUCUCACGUCGCGGCAAAGCGCUGGAUACGUCGUGCUGUGUGUAGCAUUUGGGCUCGGCAUCAAGUAUAUGGAUGAUACAAGCCCUCAGCGAGACACGUUCAAGACCAUAAGCGAUGGAUUGAUCUGGAGCGACUUUGAGAAACAAAAGGACGACAAGAAGCGUUCAGAAGAGUAUGAAGUCAAAUAA